UUGGAGUGAGUGAGUGAGAGAGAGAGGGGUUGGGAAAAGACAACCACCUCUACCCAUCAGCCAGCCGAGCACCCUGCGGAAAGUCACUUCCAGCGUGCGAGCUGCAUUUCUGUCCGUCCGAGCAAAUGGAUCACUGAACAACGCAGGAUGUGACAGAGCGGCACGAAUGAAAAACUAAACUAGUAUGUUGUGCGUUGUGCUCCAAAUACGCUGGUUUAUGCUCAUUUUUCCACUUGGGUUCUUGUUUUGUCAGUCUUUUCUCAUUAAUGUGCGGAUUUUCGGUGAACACUUUCGAAGUAUUAUCAGGGGGAAAUGUCGUAAAUGUAGCUGAAUGAAUGAAAAGUUAAAAUAUUUUUCAUAGAUGGGGUCUAAUCUAAUGUCAAGCUGGUUGUGAAGGUGUUCGAUCUGGUCCUCUCGACCUCAGACGGAGUCCCCAUGGCUGCUGGAGUGGCGGCCUGGCUCCCCUUUGCACGGGCAGCGGCUAUAGGAUGGAUGCCUGUGGCCAACUUGCCCAUGCCUGUUGCACCAACCAAUAAGAACAAGCGACAAGACGAGCUCAUUAUCCUCAAUGUCAGUGGCCGACGCUUCCAGACCUGGCGGAACACUCUAGAUCGUUACCCUGAUACACUCCUGGGGAGCUCAGAAAAAGAGUUCUUCUUCAACGAGGAGACCAGGGAGUAUUUCUUUGACCGAGAUCCGGACGUGUUUAGAAGUAUUCUCAACUUCUACCGCACAGGGAAGUUGCACUACCCACGCUAUGAGUGCAUCUCUGCCUAUGAUGAGGAGCUGGCAUUCUUCGGAAUCAUUCCUGAGAUCAUCAGUGACUGCUGCUACGAAGAGUAUAAGGACCGCAAGAGAGAGAACAUUGAACGUCUUAUGGAUGACCUUGAGGACAACAAAGACAGCAAACUCCCCAACAUGACAUUCCGUGAGACCAUGUGGAGGGCCUUCGAGAACCCACACACUAGCACCAUGGCGUUGGUUUUCUACUAUGUAACUGGCUUCUUUAUCGCCAUAUCUGUCAUCACCAAUGUGGUUGAGACAGUUCCGUGUGGUUUGAUGAUGAAUCAGAGGGACAUUCCUUGUGGGGAACGCUACACAGAGUCAUUUUUCUGUAUGGACACAGCGUGCGUUAUGAUCUUUACAGUGGAGUAUCUGAUGCGACUGUUUGCGGCGCCCAGCAGGUACCGUUUCAUGCGUAGCGUGAUGAGCAUUAUCGAUGUGGUGGCAAUCCUGCCGUAUUACAUCGGACUCUUCAUGACCAACAACGAGGACGUGAGCGGGGCCUUUGUCACGCUACGAGUGUUCCGCGUCUUCCGGAUCUUUAAAUUCUCUCGCCACUCUCAGGGUCUCCGAAUCCUUGGCUACACGCUGAAGAGCUGUGCGUCCGAGCUUGGCUUCCUUCUCUUCUCCCUCUCCAUGGCCAUCAUCAUCUUUGCCACCGUGAUGUUCUAUGCUGAGAAAGGCUCCACAUCCAGCAAGUUCACAAGUAUCCCAGCCUCCUUCUGGUACACCAUUGUAACCAUGACAACACUGGGGUAUGGAGAUAUGGUCCCUAAGACCAUAGCAGGGAAGAUCUUUGGCUCCAUCUGUUCUCUAAGUGGGGUGCUGGUCAUUGCUCUGCCUGUUCCUGUUAUUGUUUCCAACUUCAGCCGCAUUUACCAUCAGAACCAGAGAGCUGACAAGCGUCGGGCUCAGAAAGUUCAGAAAGCCCGACUGGCCCGAAUGAGAAUUUCCAAGAGUGGCAGUUCUACCGCCUUCCAGCAUAGCAAACGAAAUGGACUCAACCAAUCACUGGAGCUAACGCAGCUCCCCUAUUACAAGAUGAAACUUUCACCACAGGGCUCCAUAGAGGAGGACCAGCAAAUGAAAAAGACUACGUCUUUGCUGGAGAGUCAACACCACCAUCUUCUUCACUGUCUAGAGAAGACCACGAAUCAUGAGUUUGUGGAUGAGCGGCUGUACGAACAGGGGUAUCUUCAGACAGCACACCAGAACUUCCCAUCGAGAAGUCCAUCUCUGUCCAGCGAGGAGGGCAUCACAGGCACCUGUUGCUCUCGGAGAGUCAAGAAAAACAUCCAGCCUCUCAAUGCCUCCCAUUCACACACACACAACCUACAGGAGCUCAGCGCCUUACACAUCCAAUGUGGGGAACAGCAGCCGCUAAACACCAGUCGUUCCAGUCUCAAUCUGAUAUCGGAUGAAUCCGGGAGCCUGAACUGCAAGAGCAGUGGACUGGUUACCACGGCAAUCAUCAGUAUCCCCACCCCUCCCUCAAACAACUCUCGAGCCAGCCCUGAUGCCCCGCCCCCUCCAAACACUGAAGCUCCGCCUCUUCUGAACCCCUGCACUGAUGUGGUGAAAAUCUCCUCGCUGUAAGAGACAGAACUCAGGAAGAGAAACUGAUGAGUAGCCUGCCCCCUAGUGGGAGAUAUAGCGCACUGAAUCAGACUCCCAAAGACAUGUAAAAAAAAAAAAGAGGAAGAUGAAAAAGGAUGUGUGUAAAUGAGAGAAAGCAGGACAACCACAAGUAUUCGAUCACUCUCCUUCAGGACUGAUGCAAUGAGGGUGUCACUGUGCAUAAAUCAUUUUCCCUUCUUUUUCAUGUUAUUCUGGGGUUUUUUUUUUUCAACUACUUGAUGAGAAAGAUUAAUAUUUUGACUAGAGAUGAAGGUACAAGAGGUCUUGUAAAAGCUUUUAUUUUUUUCAUCCUCUCAAAAAGCCUCUGCUCUCUUUAUCCCAAUAAUGUUUUAUUUUGAUCUAGCAUCAUUCCUAAAGUAUAAAAGAAAAAUCAGAAUUAGUCUAAAGAAAACUGUACGAGUGUGUAUUAGAAUAUGAUAAGUUAUUAUUUUUGGAAUAUGCGUGAAUUUGUGGGUUAGAGUUAGGUAGAACUUGAACGUGUGUGUGUGUGUUUUACAGAUUAUCCCUCGAACUCUCAGCCUCUCACACAGUUCGUGCCUCUCAGGGGGAGGAGAGUUUCCUUCUAAGCCACUGUCUCUCCUUGAUUCCGAAACAUUGAGCUGAAUUUGUAACAUCAUUUCUGACCUAUCAAACAUUACUAUGUAAUAUAGAACCAAAAAAACAAGAGAGAAAGAAACAUAGAAUUGUUUUAAAAAAAAAACUCUGUGACUACAAGCACAAGGUAACGCUGAUAUUUUGUGAUUACAAUGUGUAUCAAGCCUUGGUUUAACUGUGAAUAUUGUUGAUAGAAUAUUUUGUAAUAUUUAGCCAUUGUUUGGCAAAACCAGAGCAGCUGCCUUCCCCGCCCCUUUAUGUAUGCCCCGUCCCUUUCCUCUGUCCACUGCUGGCCUGCUUUCUGUAGUUGUUCUGAUCUAAGUGUUAUCGUCAUUAUCGCUCAAUGGGUAUUUUAAAAAAAGUGUCUAGUUUGCGUAAACUACAUGGGUAGGAAAAUGUUGGUGUUUGUGUCUUUUCUUUAACAGUGAAUGUUUUUAAUUCUUGAUUUUCAGUUAUUUGUUGCUGUUAGAAGAGAAACCAACAACUGUACGAACCAAUCAGAGCUAUUCUACACUUCUCUCGCUGUAAUUUUCCUCCUUUUUCUGUCUUUGUCCUUUAAUGUCAGCCAUGUUCAGGAGAAUGGCAUUGCCAACAAGAAAGUUCAAAUUUGUAAUCGAAAAUCGUCCAGGUUUAGUCUGCGUCAUGUUGUCCAGUUAAAGGAAUACAAGUUCAAUACAAGUUAAGCUCAAUCAACAGCAGUUGUGGCAUAAAAUUGAUUACCACAAAAAUCUAUUUUGACUUGUCCCUCCUUUUCAUUAAAAAAAAGCAAAAAUCGAUGUUACAGUGAGGCACUUACAAUGGAAGUGAAUGGGGGCCAAUCUGUCAUUAUUAAAAUACUGACUGUUUCAAAAGUAUACCCACAAGACGAAAACAAUAUGAGUAUUAACAUGAUUUUAGUGUGAUAAAAUCGCAUACUAACCUUUUCUGUGUAAAGUUAUAGCCAAUUUUACAACUUUGUUGCCAUGACGAUAUAAUGUCAGCAAGCCCUAAAAGAUGAAAAUGACUGUAAAAAUGACAAAUAAUACAACUUUACAGCUCAAAUAAUACAUGAGUUUUAACAGAAAUAUUAAUGUAAGUGUUUUAUAAAAUUAUAAGCUUCACAUUUCUGCCUCCAAAAAUUGGCCCCAUUCACUUCCAUUGUAAGUGCCUCACUGUAAUUUCUAUUUUUGCUUUUUUUUUUUU